AUGUUUGGAUUUGAUUUUAAUAACCCAUUUACCAAGAAGAAACGUGAAGCUGAACAAUUAGCUCGUAUUCAAGCAUUACAAGAAGAACAAAGAGAUAGCCGUGAACAAAUGAGGAGUGGAAAUUGGGAAUCGAAAAAAAAUAUCGAAAAUGCAUUGAAACAAGCCAGUAACAAUAAUACCAUGUCAUCUCAUUAUCAACCUGGGCAAUCAACUAAUCGAUCAAAAUAUCAAUUUGAAGCUGAUGAGGAAGAUGAUAGAUUAGAAGAUCAGAUAGACAAAAAUUUGGAUAGUCUUGCAGCGGGUUUAGGAACUUUACAAGCUAUGUUAUAG